GCAUGUUUGUGGUACCAACACACGCACAUACUCAAGACGUCCACACUCAGAUGUAUCCAUGUACACAGCCGCCACACAGCAUCCACCCACAUAUACUCGCACAACACAGUCGAGAGACAGACAGACAUGUAGACUGAUUGACAGCUGCACCCAUCCCCACCAUCCCCCCGCACACACACACGUGUGGACGCGUGGCGCGCGCGCCUACAUGAUAAUAAUCCAGACACACACCCGUCUGUGAGAGUGUGCGUGUUGGCACAAAAAGAAGAGUCCGACUCUCAGUCACAUCUGUCAUAUCCGUCACUCCCGCCCCCCCUCCCCCUCCCCACCGCAAUAUAUUAGAUACGAGAUGAAGAAAUACGCACGCUUACACAGACAGCCACAGCCGCAGCCACACGAUUGCUCGGUCGUUCAUCCCUGCCUCCCACGCGAGAGAGAGCGCCACACACGGGGUGGGGUUGUCGGGCCGUUCAUUCAUCCAGAGAGAGACUUUACAAAAGACCCACCGGCCGUUCAUUCAUUCAUUCAUCCAUCCAUCCAUCCACUGCUUACCGAGAGAGAGAGACACACGAUGGCCGACCAAAAAAGCCCUAGCUACCAGUUACCAAAGAGCCACAGACGGAGAGAGGACGAUGCACAUAUGUGAUUUGACCGAAUGAAUGGCUGACCGACCACCACCCAACAAGCGAGCCCCGUGGCAUGCAACCGAUCCCAAUCAGGCGCCCUUCAUCCAUGUGACUAAUUCCAUUGGUACACAUUGAUAACACCACACAGCAGAUUGGAUAAAGCCCACACACCCCUCCCGGCCCCCUCCCUGCCCUCCCUUGUGACAAAAUCGCAUGAACAGGCAAGCCCCGCCAGGCCAGGCCGUCCAUGCAUCACUGACACCCACCCCUCCCUCUCUCCAACCAUCAUUCGCUCAUGCCGCGGCUCUCCGCCGUAUCCCCGCCAUAGCGCCCUCUUCCUCCGCCCCGCCACUGGUGUGGUGCUCAUUGUUCUCGCUGUUGCUGGUGCCGUUGCUGACUUGGCUGGCGGUCUCGCCCUUGUCGGCCAGGGAGGAUGCCAGCUCGUGCAAGGGGUGGACGGGAGCAGGGAGGGGAGGGGGCGGCACACGCAACUCGCCAGGAUCCAUCAGCAACAGCGCAUCUGAAACACACACACACACACGCACACACACAAGGAGAGCGUCAGCAGUGCCUCCAUGUGUUUCUUGCCCGUCUCCCCCUCUGCAUCAGAGCUCACCAGAGGUGUUUGGCGGGCGCCUCAUGUGUGUGCAGCAACGGAAAGGGUUGAGCUGCCACUCCGCCUCACUCGUCGCAGCCACCCUGCUGCUGCUGCUGCCGCCAACUGCUACCCUCUUGCUGUUGGCGGCUGAAGGAAUGGGGGUCUCGAGCAGCGGUGCGUUGGCCCUCUCCCUCUCCCUGGCCUCCCUCUCGGCUAUGGCGCGGUUAUCCGACGGGCAGGACGACGGCCGCGUGCUGCGGGCGGGGUUGCCGUCACGCUCACUCGCCACUAUGUCACGCAGAUCGAUCCCCUGCACACAAGUGAAAUGGUAACACUGAUCCAUUUGCUGGCCUUGCCUUUCUCCCUCUCGCUUUCACUCACAGUAAGGUUCCAGAAGCGCUUCAGAUACUCCUCCCUCUCCUUGGGCCCGUUGACCACCAGCUGCCCCCCCUCGGCGCCGCCGUCGCUGGCCUGCCCCUCCUUGUUCCGCCUGGCCAUAACCUUCCUGUGGUAGUGCACCUCAUAAUGCGGGUCGUCGGUGCUGUCGAUGUCGGACGCCGCACCACCCAGGCCCAUUAGCGGGUCGUCGAGCGAGUGGUAGUGCGUGGCGCCGGUCUCGCCAUUGCUGGAGGGGGAGGGCGUGGCCAGGGGGGGCAGCGGAUUGGGGGAGGGGGGGUGGGGAUGGGGCGCUGCUUUUCAUCAUGGCACAGACACACAGACAGACAUGGCAGAGGCAGCGAGCAAGGACGAUGAUUGUGGGAAGGAGGGUGGGCAUGGCUGUGCGUGGGAGUGUGUGUACCUCCUGAUGGCGAGUCGCCCAGCGAUGGGCUGCUGUCGGUGAGGCUCGGGUCAAGGACCGUGUGCAGCGGCGCUGACUGGACCUCGCCAUUCAAAAUCGACAGAAUGCCCGACUCUGAGAAGGACAAACCAACACAGAGGGGAUACCAACAGAUGCAUGAAACACAGAGAUGGUCCUUUGGAUGCCAGGCAGCCUCACCUGUGGUUGCUCGUCUUGGUUUCCGGGCGAUAGGGUUUCCGAAUUGCCUGAUAGAGGGAGGAGCAUCCAACCGCAACACAGCAAAUGAAGGCGGCCACGUCCUCUCUAUCCGUUCCCUCCUCUGGUGUCCCUGCUCACGGUGUGGCUUUGGACGAGAUGCCUGGCGACAACAAAAAUAGCUUCUCAGGGCUCCUUUCGGGCCGACUCAUCAUCCGCGUCGGACCGCCGAGAGAGAAGACCGAGUCGGUGGAGGUGGUGUCCUGGUGGCCGAACAGCUUGGCCGGCGCCGUCUCGCCCCCCCUGGCCUCCACGCAGUAGGUGUUUGGCGUCACCUUGAUCGAGUGCUGGUCGGAGAACGAGACGCUCCGCUGCAGCGCGGGGCCCUCGGUCUCGUCGAUGGCCGCCAGGUCGCCCCUCGCCAACUGCUGGUGGUCGCCCGUCUGUGCCGCCGCGUGUAGCUCCUCCGUGGUGGUCAUGACCUCCACGGUGUGCUGAUGUGCGUGGUAGUACAUGCCCGCCAUCUGUGUCGGGACGAAGGUCUUGGCGUGGGAGGUGUCGCCGUCCUCGACGAGCGGCCGGUGGGGGGGUUGGGCGCUCAGGUCCUUCGGACGCGAGCACGACUGGCCCAUUUUGGUGGCGACCAAGGUGAUGCAGCUGCAGCGCCGCAGCCGAAGAUCACGGUCCCUCGCAGCGCCUGGCGCCUGACCGCGGCUCUCAAUACCUC